AUGGAUAUAUACUUACAUCCCAUUAAGAUCCACAUAAACAUGUUUACAACCAUUGGAAGAUCCAUACCAAGAAGACACUAUUCGGUCAAGUUCCCGCAAACAUCAGCUCCAGCACCAACUGUGGGACAGUUCCGUAAUCCACUUUUGCAUUGUUUCCUAUUAGCGUCAUCCACAUACAUUGUCCUUCAUACAGUGUGGCUAUCAUUGGAGUAUGAACAUAGAGAAAAAGAACUCAAGAAGAGUACAGAGUUAUUGGAAAGUAGAAUCCAAACCUAUGUUGAUGCCCGGUCUACAGCUGACAAGAGUAAGAAAUGGUGGAAGUUCUGGUAA